AUGUCUCGCAUGACCAUCUCCCUACUACUGGUGGCGUUGGCCGGUCUCGCCAGCAGCGAUACUGGGGCAAAUGAGGAGCUCUACAUCCCCUCUCUGACCAGCCCUAUGCGGCACCUGAUGGUGAGACCGGUGUCCAACCCAUCGGAGCAGAUUAGCGUCAGCAUCGAACUUACUCUGGUUGACGUGGAUUUCCACGAGGCUGACAACACGGCGACGCUGGGUGCCUGGCUGCACCAUGAGUGGCUCGACAAUCGAUUGGGUUGGAGCGGUGGCAAUGUGACAAGUACGCGCGUAUUUGCGGUCAACAUCUGGAGACCGGACCUGGCCGUCUACGACCGGGUGCCUGUGACGUCCAACUGGUUCUUGUCGAUGCCGGCGAUCGUCCACCAGACCGGCAAAGUGGUGUUCGUGCCGCCGGUCAGCUUCACGGUGCGCUGCCAGCGCCGGCGGACCGACACACAGGACCGCGUCACCUGUCCCUUCAAACUGGGCUCCUGGACGCACAACGUCGAGGAGAUGGAGCUGGUGCUGAAGAGCAAGACCAUCAACACCGACGAGAUGAUCAACAACGGACGCUGGGCGGUCGAGUCGACAUCGCUCGCCUACAAAGAACGGCAGUACGAUUGCUGUGAGGGGAUAUACGGCCACAUCCAGGGCGAGAUCGUUCUGAAGCCUCAGCUCUCUUAG